UCAUUUGAUGCCUGGCUAACCUCCCCAGAUGUGCUUAAAUAGAUCCAGAUACCCCCCUUUGCUACAACCAUUCUUCUCAUCGAUAACACUUUCAAGAACCAUAGAAACCUACCAAACCUACCAAUCCUACGAAUACAAAACCGAAUCCAGGUCGAAUCGCAGCUGGUUCUUCGUUCACCAAGUCCCUUGGCUCGUAACUCCCACACACCAACCACGUUAUACUUCACCAUGUCCAAGGUCCCUCGCGGCAGUGAUCCGUACGAAAACAACCAGAAUGUCGUGCCUGGGCCCAUCGACCCCGAAUCCGCCGAGGCAAAGAGACAGAGUCAACUGGAAUGCCGUCAAAGAAGACAUUCAAUAAAUCUCAAGAGAGUCAGAGGCAUCAUCCCAAAAUGCCCCGAGCCAAAGGUGUUGCCAUUUAAGGACGCAUUUAAACAUUUCCCUAAAGGAUGGUGGAAGUGUACAUAUGCAAACUGUCCCGUCGGUGCCCAUAGUAUAGGCGAGCGUAUAUGUCCCGAAAUGCGCAGUCCUUGUGAUGUUUUUCCAGAUGGCCAGGUCGAGGGAGAAAGAGAUCCAAUAGAUAAGAAAGAAGGUUGGUGGUGCUGUACUGUAGAAGGUUGUAUAAUCAGGGCUGCCUUCACAACCUUAAAACUCUGUUGCGACUGUCCGGGGUCAGUUGGGAGGGAUGAAGCGAUUCAGAAGUGUGAGGAGGAGCGUCCAAAAUCUUCAUCAGCGUACAACAUUAAUCGUGACAUGGAGGAGAUGAAGCGGAUGGCUGAAGAGCCAUCUGAGGAGGAGAUUGACGAGAUGGAAGGGGGGCUUGAAGAGGGUGAGGAGUAUAGGAUUCAGUCUGAAGACUCUUCUAAGCCAAAGAAAUUGUUAUUGUUGAAACUUCCUUUUAAAUGGGGGGAGAUAGUUCUGGAGGAUAAGCCCUCCAGCUCCAAAUAGAGCUAAUGAGGCUCAAGGCUUGAAGACUCCUUUUGUCUUUAGAUACUAGUCUUUUUAGAAUUACUCGAAGAGGCUCAACGGGAGAAUUUGUGUGA